AUGCCGGCCGGGCUCUGCUGGACCGCGGCGGCCGCCCUGGCGCUGCUGUUCCUGGCGCUGCUGCUCGCCCUGUGUCGGCACCUGUGGGCGCUGCGCUGGAGCCUCAGCCGAGAUCGUACCAACGCCCUGCCGCUGCCCAAGGGCUCCAUGGGCUGGCCUUUCUUCGGGGAGACCCUGCAUUGGCUGCUGCAGGGCUCCCGCUUCCACAGCUCCCGGCGGGAGCGCUACGGCAACGUGUUCAAGACCCACCUGCUGGGCCGCCCGGUGGUGCGGGUGACGGGUGCUGAGAACGUCCGCAAGAUCCUGCUGGGCGAACACACACUGGUCAGCGCACAGUGGCCCCAGAGCACCCAGAUCCUCCUAGGCUCCCAUACCCUGCUCAGCUCUACAGGCGACCUGCACCGCCAGCGCCGCAAGAUCCUGGCCAGAGUGUUCUGCCGCGCUGCCCUGGAAAGCUACCUGCCACGGAUUCAGAAGGUUGUGAGCUGGGAGCUGCGGGGCUGGUGCAUGCAGCCGGGCUCCAUCGCCGUUUAUUCCUCUGCUAAAACCUUAACUUUCCGCAUUGCAGCUCGGAUUCUGCUGGGACUCCGUCUGGAGGAAAAGCAGUUCAAGGACCUGGCCAAAACCUUUGAACAGCUGGUGGAGAACCUCUUCUCCCUGCCCCUCAAUGUGCCCUUCAGCGGGCUGCGCAAGGGCAUCAAAGCACGGGACAUGCUGCAUGAGUUCAUGGAGAGGGCCAUACAGGAGAAACUGCAGCGAGCCAUGUCAGAAGAACACAGCGAUGCUCUGGAUUUCAUAAUAAACAGUGCCAAGGAGCACGGCAAAGAGUUCACUAUGCAGGAGCUGAAGGAGUCAGCCAUCGAGCUCAUAUUUGCUGCUUUUUUCACCACGGCCAGUGCCAGCACCUCCCUCAUCCUCCUGCUGCUAAAGCAUCCCUCAGCAAUCGAAAAAAUCCGUCAGGAACUGGCAUCCCAUGAGCUGUACCCACACCAGCAAAACUGCCCCUUGGCACCCUGCCCAGCAGCAGGCAGGGACGGCAAGCAGCAACUCCUUAGCACAGCCAGCGAUGCUCAUGAGGACCAGAACCAGCCACCUGACCCCAUUGAGGAGACAGAGCUGGGGGGUGGCUGCUUCCCCCAUCUCCCAGCCCCGCUGGAGCCCACACACCCCUUGAGCAGCCCCCAGCCCCGGGGCUGCCACUGCCCCUCGGACAUCAGCCUGGAGCAGCUGAGCCGCCUGCGCUACCUGGACUGCGUGGUCAAGGAGGUGCUGCGGGUACUGCCGCCUGUCUCUGGGGGGUACAGGACUGCACUACAGACCUUUGAGCUGGAUGGUUACCAGAUCCCCAAGGGCUGGAGCGUGAUGUACAGCAUCCGUGACACGCAUGAGACGGCUGCCAUCUACCAGAGCCCCCCAGGUGGCUUUGAUCCUGACCGCUUCAAUGUCACCCAGCCGGAGGCUGCCAGCCGCUUCCACUACAUCCCUUUUGGUGGUGGGGCACGGAGCUGCAUCGGCAAGGAGCUGGCGCAGGCCAUCCUGAAGCUGCUGGCCAUCGAGCUGGUCACCACGGCCCGCUGGGAACUGGCCACGCCGACCUUCCCCGCCAUGCAGACCGUGCCCAUCGUGCACCCCGUCGAUGGGCUGCAGCUCUACUUUCACCCCCUGCAGCCCCGUCGUGGCGGUGAGGCCUGA